CCUAACUUCACGCUCAUUCUAUCAUCCACAGUUGCCCCGCUAACGUAUAACAUUAGCGCAGGCGGACACCUUGUUCCCUUAUCAUCUCUGAAAAAAAAAUUAGAGGAAUAUUCUAUCUUCAUAGGUAUAUUUUUUUAAUAGGUAUUUUUAUUUGAGGGUAAUUAAACCAAUAUGACCGGCGUUUCUGAGACGAAUUUAGGUGAAAGGCAGAGACAACUAAACGCCCAAGUCUCGGCAGCGAAGUUGAACAAUGUGGACUUUGAAGAAAUUGUGGCCAAAGAAGAAAUUAGUGACAGGGAUAAAUUGUUUAAAAUUGAUUUAGCAUCAGAGCAGCAAAACGUCGAAUACAUUGUUAAUAUCCUUAAAUGUGGUGACAGUCUAUAUAUAACGAGGGCACUUAAAUGUGUUUGGAUAUUCGACGAUAAAUAUUCCAAUAUCAUCAAUCCAGAAAAUCUGCAACAGAACAUUUUCCCGUUUAUGUCGUUCAAAUUAAAAAAGAAGUUUCUAACAACUAUAGCCACUAAUUUGUUAUGUAAAAAGCGGGCGACGAGUUUCUAUACUUAUUGUAUGGAUACAAAAUACAUACACAUAGCGCUCAAAUUUUUUAUUAUAACGACCGAUGAUUUUAAAUUAGAAGCCAUUCAACAUAAAUCUACGCCUUUCCAUGUAAAUGUAUGUGAACAAGAAGAUAAAUAUAUGAAGGAUUUUAUUGGAAAUUCAUUUGAAUUGGCUUAUGCGUACUUGGAAAGUGUUGAUGAUUUCCAUAGGGAACGUAUUUUAUACAUGCUACGAUAUCUGUAUACAAUAUCAAACGAAGAAUUUUUGGACCUGUUGGAAAAGUAUGAUUCUGGACGUAAUAGAAUUUGUUGUUAUGGGUUGAGAAUUAGUAAGUCUAUAAUGCAAAAGCAUAAAGAUAGAGUAUUAACCAAUAUAAAAAUAUACAUAAAUACUGUGAACAAGAAAGUUCUAGCCAAAUAUUCCAAUGAAGACAAUGCGCGGUCUUAUCUGAAGUCUUUUCUUCCUGAAACAGCGGAAGAGUUUUGGAAAAUUAAUUAUUGUAAAGUUUAUAAAUUCAUACUGGAACUUAUACCAAAAGAAAGACGAUUUGAAACUAUUAAAGGUUUCUUUAAAGAGAAAUAUAAUGAAGAAUUUGAAACUAAGAAAAAAUUCUAUGAAUUAUAUUAUUAUAAACUCAUGACUCCAACAGAACAAGAGGCUUGGGCGCUACAUCAACUAAAUAAUAAUAAAGAACUCUUAGGGUCUGAAAAUGAAUACUUAUGGUAUAGGUUUAUAAACUUUAAAAUUUCUUUUAGUGAAAUAAAGAAGUACGUGAUGAUUACAACGAAUGCCGAUAAAAGAAUACGCAUUGUAAACGUGUUAAUAGAAUCGGCAAGAAACCAACACGAUUUAAUUAUUUUGCUUAGCUAUUUCUAUAACAGGCAUGUAAAUGAACUGAGCAAAAUCAAGGAAUCAUUUUUAACUGAUAUUAUAGAAAAACACAAUAUAUUUGAGUUCGAAGAUGAAUGUUGGAAUGCAUUCAACAAAAUACUUUAUAGCCUAAAUAUAUAUAACAAGACAAUAAUAAAUAACUGUUCUACUUUACUGUAUGCAACAACUUUAAUAUAUCAUAUAUUAAAAAAGAAAGAUUUACCUGAUGCUUUACAGCAAUACUUAAAUUGUGAAAUGCAAUGGUACUGGAUAGAGGGACACAUAAAAUCACUUUAUACAAAACUUAAUCUUAGUCAACAACAUACUGUUUAUCAAUACUUACUACAUUGGUAUACAAUAAAACUUCAGUCGAUGGAUGCGGAAGCCGAUGAUAAAAAAGUUUCCAAAGAUGUACGACGCUAUAUUGACAUGAUUCUUAGUAUAUUAAUAUUUCACAAAAAAACAAAAGAACAAUGUCCAGAUGUUGUCAUCAAAUUCGUGAAUCUAGACUGGGAUCGGUAUAAAAAUCAUACAAUGUUUUACAAAAAACAAGAUAAAUUCACCAAUGAUGACGUAUUAGUACAUCAGUUAAAAAAAGAUCCAAGGGUAGUCGCUGACAGAUGCGACGAGAUUAAAAAAGAAAUCCUGGAAGGCAAUUAUAAAUAUACAAUAAAACGAUUCCUAAGAAAACUCAAAAUAUAUUUUUCUGAUGAUUUGGUUAAGAUUUAUUUAAAUCUUUUCUUAGAUAUCUUAAAGUCAACGGAUCCUGAUAAGCUGUAUAUGUUUACUGUACAUACUGUUGUAUAUGGUAUAAUCCAAUUAGCUGAUGAACAAACACUGAACGAUUUGAUGUUGAAAUAUACUCCAACGGAGCCAAAAAUAGACUACAGUAAAGUAGAUUUACUGCUCUUGAAUACUCAAUCGGCAAUUUGUCGUUUUGCAUGUUAUUCACGUCCUCCCGUUCCCCUUUCAAAUAUUCGUAUGUACAUAAAGGGCGAUUAUGUUAGGUUCUGCUUACCCAUGUUCAAUUAUUACGCAUCGAACCUACCCCUAUCACAGUGCAUGAAAUUUAUCGAGUCAUUACUCGAUGCCCCAGUAUCAAUUCACAAGCACGGCCUACGGCUAGCAUUUUUAUGCUUCAGCACUGAACAGUUAAAAACUUUAAUUGUACAUGUUUGGAAAACUACAAAAAAUAUAUCUGUGAGAUUUAUUUUAUACAAUGCUUUAUUUAAUCAAAUAGUGAAUAGUGAUGAAACUAAACAAAUGCAGUUAUUCCCUGUAUUAAAAUCGUGUUUUUUGGAAUUGAAGGAAGACGACCAAAAAUAUUUAAUAGAUAAUAUAUAUAUUAUAUAUAUUCAUCUUUUAACUUAUAAUAGGCUUCCACAUACAUUUUUGGGUGAAUACGUAGAAUGUGCUUGGCAAGCAGUCAACAACUUGUCAAUUGAUAAAACAAUAAAUAUAGAACGGAAAGAAAAUGUUAUUGAAAAUAUUAUUAAUGAAAUUCAUUUAUUAAAAGCAGAUUUUGUCAAUUCCAUUAUUAAAAAACAUUUAAAUGAUAUGUUGGUCGAAGGGGGAAUUAUGACAAAAUAUACAGAUAGUUUACAUAGUCUGCAUACGAAGAUUUGGAAACUUUCUGCAAGUUAUAUAAUUUUUUUUGCUGAUCAACAAUUAGAUGAAAAUGUUAAAUUAGCGGAGUUCAUUAUAAAAAAAUGCAUAAAUUUGUGGAGUUUUGUAAACGACGAUAUCUAUACAAUACGACAAUUUUGUUGUCAAUACCUAAACUUUCUUAUUGAAAAUCGAUACGAUAACAAAAACUAUGAAGAUGCAGUUCCUAUUUUUGAAAGUAUCUCAAAAAUUUUACAAGAUUCGUUGCCUGUAUUCGAAACGUACUUGGCUAUAUGGGACUUACAACUGACUAUUGCCGAUAGAAUGGUAGUGGAAGCUGGUAAACUAAAAUAUAACACAACAGAAACAGCUGAAGAUAAAGUAUUGGUGAUAAAAGAAACAGUAUUACAAUUUGUUAAUAGGGUUGGAGAUAUUAUUAAAGACAGAGUUCUCAGUCAUACUCACUUCUCUUGUUUCAACAACAAAAUUGAAUACAGAAUUAUUUCUACAGUUGAAAGUAUUAAAAAUAGUCUUGAUAUUAAUUACGAAACUCAAAUGGAGGUCGCCGAUUUACGUGUGAUUAUUUCUAAGGGUUUAUCAGAGUACACUAUGUUUGAAACAUAUUUACUUGCUAUGUAUAUACUGCCCACUACCAGUUCACGAUAUUGGAGUGAUGAUUACGAAGACGUUAUAAAUAAAAUUAAAGAGUCCAAUAAUUUACAACUAAAAAGUUAUUUAUAUCAGAAAUUUGUUAAUUCUGAUUACAAGAGACGAAAAUUCAUUAUGUGAAAGUAGCUGUUGAAUGUAUUGUAUUAUUUGUCUAAAAUACUGUAUAACAUUAAAGUGUAGGAGAAUCAUUAAGGAAUACGAAAUGAUUUUGAUUCGGAAUUAUCUGAUUUAUUCCUCAAUUGAGAUUCGAUUCGACUUAUUAUUUAAGACACUUCAUUUUUAAUGUUUAGUAUUGUUAUUGUUCUUAAAUUCUAAGCAACGCUACUUGAACAAAUAUGUCAGAAAAUAUCAAAAUUGUUCACUAUUAAAAUAAACUCAUGUUUAGGUAGAUAAGUUACUAUUAAUGCUUGUUAUUGUUUUAUUAUAAGUAU